UGGAGCACCCAGCACGGCGAUCGACGGUGCGCUGUGUCCCUCGGACACAGCGGAUCACCAAUCCACGGAAAAAGCCAAAGAUGUCGGCUCGGUCAUGUGAUCAGCUGUGUCCAUGUGAUCAGCUGUGCGACAUGUACACAGAUUAUAAGAGCACUGAUGAUCAGUGUGCCCUGAUGAUCUGUGUAGCCACCUGUCAGUGUCCAUCAGUGCCAGCUCUCAAUGCUCAUCCAUGCCUCCUGCCAGUGCCACAUCAGUGCCACAUUUCAGUGCCCAUCACUGCCACAUCAAUGCCACAUAUCAGUGCUCAUCUGAGCUGUCACCUAUCAGUGUCAUCCAUCAGUGCCAGUCAGUGAAGCCUAUCAGUGCCAGUCAGUGCCACCUAUCAGUGCUGCCAAUCAGUGCCACCUAUCAGUACCAGUAAGUGCCGCCUAUCAGUGUGCAUCAGUGCCGCCUAUCAGUGCCCGUCAGUGCUGCCUGUCAGUGCUGCCUAACAGUG